GGACACGUUUUCCUUCAGAAUAACAUACUCGUCUCUCUUCUUUGUGCCCAUCUUUAUCAUGAUGAGUUGCUACAGUCACAUUCUGCUAGUGGUGAAGAAACAGCAAAACAGAUGGAACAAUCUGUCCAGAAUUGGAAGUAAACGAAUUAAAGGUAAGCCUAGUGAGAAGCUGACCAAGGAGCGCAAACAGCUUGAAGGCAACGUAAGAGCUAUAUACACGACCCUACUAAUUGUUGGGUCCUGUGUCAUCGGAUGGACUCCGGCUUUGUUGAUCUACACGAUGACGUGCACGGUCGGCUGCUACAUUUCGGGUGAAAACAUCAUAACUCUAAACUGCGAAUAUCCUUACCCCAUCUUAGCUUUGCGCCUCAUCGAUAACAUCCUGAUUAUACUAAAGAUGUUGGCUAAUCCGAUUAUCUACAGCAUCCGAAUGAGAGAAAUUAAGGAUGGCACAUAUCGAAUGUAUCUAGCAGCCCUGGGAAUUUGCUGCGAAUCCAGAAGAAACGUUUUAGAGUGCUCUGGUUUCUACUACAGGUCUAGAAUGCAAAACAGCAUAGGAGGUGGUACCGUUCAAGUGCGUGUUACCUCUGUCAAAAACGGCAAGAGUAACCUCAUUGCGACGGGGGAAGAAAGCAGCUUUCUGUAAAUCGUAAUUAAAUUUAAGAAACUUGAUUGGAGACCUUGAUGGUUUUCAGUAAAUUAUGGCUAUUUGGGUCUGUGUAGUUUUGAUUUUUCUCUAACAUUAAGCUUCUCUUUCCUUUUAUUUUGAUUGACGACUGAAUGAUUAAGUCUCAUUGAGGACUGGUGUGAUUAACUAAAUUAAGUUAACUUUUCUAGAUUUAGAGCUGAAACCCCUUCGGUUUUCCAUUUUAGAGUCCUGAGUAUGGCUUAAACAUAGACGAAACGUUGGCCCACAUAAAUAAUAUUUCAUUUUUUGCCUCCAUCUUAGAACCGAUAAGCCCACAGACCAAAAAAGGCAUAGUUUGCUGAUUAGAUAAGAAAGUAUGCAAUAUAUUACCUAAAUGUCUUUAUUAAUAAAAUAAGUCUAAUUUAGUUUCGUAUAUAUUAAAAAAGUAAAAGGGGAAAAGAAGCUUGCAAGCUUAGAUGACGUAGAAUAGUGUCUAAAAUUAAGUAACUUUAUCCAUCUAUUGUUUCGCAUUAAUAGUAUUUUAUGUAGCUAUACAGGGUAAUUUACGGUGACGAUGCAAUAGAACUUUUCCAACUUA